AUGAGAGCUUCCUUGGUAUUCUUCGUUUCGGCCCUUUCUGUAGGCGUUUACUCCUUCGAAACCCAGCAAGUGCUCGGGUCGGCCAACCCUGUUGGGACCUCGUACCAGUGCCAAAACGGUGCAGCGCCUGCAGCUGCUUGUACCGAUCCAUCGAACGUACCCACAUGCUCCUGCUCCUGCUCCAACGGUGUCAUGUACAAUGAGCCGCUCUCUGCCCAUACCUCCAGAAAUCCUAACCCCUUUCCCGACACUUGCCAGGCUGAAAAGGACGACUGUCUCGAGCGCGAAAAAACACUCACCGCCCAAGUUACCGAAGCUCAAGAGAAGCACACAGAAUGCGAGGCAACAUCCCUAGCUGACCGUCAAAAGGCGGAAAUGGAUGCCUUGCAACAAGAUCAGAACUGCAAAUUGGAGUUGAGCAAUAAGGACGUGGAGAUCUCUCAAUGCAAGCAACAGUCGACAAACGACAUCAAUGCUGCAAACAGUGCUUGCAAGGCGCAGUUGAGCAGCAAGGAAAUAGAGAUCACUCAAUGCAAGCAAAAGUCUGUCAACGACCUUAAUGCUGCAAACAGUUCCUGCAAGGCCAAAGAAGAUGCACUCAACACAAAAUUUUCCAACUACCAGAAGAAUAAUUACAGAUAUAUCGGGUGCUACGAAGACAACAACAGCCGAGUGCUAGCGCAGCACAGCAAGCACGACACCAAAAUGACACCCCAGAUGUGUGCGUCUAUCUGUCAGAACUACACCUAUUUUGGAGUCGAAAUUGGCUCGGAAUGUUAUUGUGGCAACACUAUUAAGAGUGGUUAUAAGAAGGUCGAUGGAGGUGCGUGUAGCUCCAAGUGUCAAGGCGACGCCGGCCAAAUCUGCGGAGGUGGAUGGAGGGCCUCUAUCUACUCCAGACAAGCAUAG